AUGUACAUUAGCAUUGACGUAUUAAAAUAUAUUGUUACAGCGGAAUGUGCACCUACUCUCGCUCCGUGGAGACCAAACGAAGUGACCAGUGAAAUACCAAAAAAACCUAAAAUCGAUUCACAUAUAUAUGACAUCAAUGAUAUAGUACACUUCGAAGACAACGACAUAGUUAUGAGAGAUGGGAAGGAUCAUAAUAAACUGGACAACACAAUACAUUACAACGUUAAAAUGUACAAUGAUAAAUACGAUUUGAUUGAUGAUAAGAAAUUAAAUGAUAUUGAUAAUGAACUUAGCAUUCAGGAUUGUAAAUGUGAACAUGGGGGAGGGUGUAUGGAGCAUGGCUGUCUCUGUCCUUUGGGAUAUGCGGGAGAGAGAUGCGAAAUCACUUUGGACCUAAAGGUACCACGUUUCAAUGGUUCGUCGUACUUACGAUUGCCCGGGCUAGGAAACACAGCGCAAUCUUGGCUGGAUAUUCGGAUAACUGUUAAACCGACAAGCGGUGAUGGUCUUCUCUUGUAUAACGCGGAACAUCCCAGCGGUGACGGAGACUUCUUCUCUCUUCAUCUUCGUGAUUAUUUCGUGGAAUUCGCCUUUGAUCUUGGCUCAGGGAUCGCUCUUGUGAGAUCCGCCUACCCAUUAUCACCAAACAAGUGGCACAGCAUAUCAAUAAGUCGUUCCGGUCGCCACGCGUCGCUCCGCGUUAGAUCCUACGACACGAGCGACGUGACGGACACGACACGAUCGGUCACGUCACGUGGGGCCGCGAGGAGACUCACCCUCACACAGCCGAUGUUACUAGGUGGCGCCCCCUACCCAUUGCCACAGAGACUCGCUUUAAAAACCUCCUUCAGUGGUUGUGUUGGAAAGUUGGUGAUAAACGAAGAGGAGUUGUCAGUAGUGUCCGCUGCUCUUGGCGGCGUUGACGUUGACAACUGUGACGCUCCUCACAAUACGUGCACGGACUGCAAAGAAACUUUAGACCAAACACCGGAAUACCCACACGAUAUAUCAACCAUCCACCACGCUAUAGUCGCGAAGAAGGGAUUCAAAAUCAAAAAUCACAAAACCAAAACCAAAAAACAUCAAAAUAAAAAGAAAUAUCCCAAAAAAUACAUGCAGAAUGGCUUGCAAAUGCAGAAUGAUAUAGAUAAGGGAGUUACGGAGCAAUCUUAUGAUGGACGGACAUACAUGCAAGUGAAAUAUUUGGAUUCUAAUGAAAUUAAUUGGGGAGAUAUGAAUAGUUAUCCGAGUUUUACAGGAACUGAUAGCUUUAUACAUAUAGAUGACGAAGAAACUAUGAAAAGGUUGCUCAGCUACACCCUGGAUAUAAACAUUCGUUUCCGUUCCGUGUCAGCAAACGGUUUAUUAGUAUGGAGCGGCCGCGUCACUCACACACACACAGAUAAUACUAUCAAUACGAACACACACACAAGCGACUUCCUAUCACUGGCUGUUGAAAACUCCGUGCUAGUAUUCAGAUAUGAUCUUGGCAGCGGCGAGGUAGUCAUUAUAGCAAACCACACUAAAGUUGACGACGGCUUGUGGCAUAGAGCGAGAGCAACCAGGAACAGACAAGCAGGUGUUCUUGAAGUGGACGGUCUGGGGUCUGUCGGAAAAAUAUCACCUGGGAAACUGAAACAACUGAACACUGAGAACGGACUGUAUAUAGGUGGUCUUCCGUCGAUAGAAAUGAACGCGAUGGGGAAAUACAAGAGCGGCCUCAUAGGAUGCGUCUCACAGAUAUCAUUGAGCGGAGACUUCGAUAUACCACUAACACUAUCAAAACUACCACACACGAUAACAAACAACGUCGGCAAAUGCGCGCCAUAA